CGCCCGCGGCGGAGGGAGGGACGGAGGGAGGAAGGGAGCCCCCGGUGCGGCCCUGCUCCGCCUCUACCCUGCUUUCCGGGAGCGGCCCGCACUGCAGCGCCGGGGCCGGGAGCGGGGCCGGGCGGCGGAGGCGGCCGUCGCCACGCCGCGGCCAUGGAGCCCGACCAGCUGCGCCUUUCCUCGGCCGCACAUGGCCAUGGAGGCUAUGAUUCUGAUUUUAGUGAUGAGGAGAGUGGAGAGAAGUCUCUGCAAAAGACUAAAAGAAUACAGGAAGAUGCCCUUCUGGUAAAGCCAUUCCAAAAAGCAAAACAAGGCAGUGUGGUUCACAGACAAUUUGCAGCUGAAGAAUGUGAUAGGGAAGAAGCAAGAAAAAGAAGAUUUCACUUGAUAUCGAUGGAUGCUUAUGAAAGACAUAAGAAGUUUGUGCAUGACUACAUUUUAUACUAUGGUGGCAAAAUAGAGGAUUUCCGAAGAUCUGGAGCAAAUGACAAGACGGAUCUUGAUAUUAUUAGAGAAAACCAUAGAUUCCUGUGGAAUGAAGAAGAUGAAGCAGACAUGAAUUGGGAGAAGAGGCUUGCAAAGAAGUAUUAUGACAAAUUGUUCAAAGAAUACUGUAUAGCAGAUCUCAGCAGAUACAAAGAGAAUAAGUUUGGAUUUAGAUGGCGACAUGAAAAAGAAGUAAUUUCAGGAAAAGGUCAGUUUUCCUGUGGAAAUAAACACUGUGAUGAGAAUGAAGGCCUGAAGAGCUGGGAGGUGAAUUUUGGUUAUGUUGAACAUGGUGAAAAGAGGAAUGCACUUGUGAAAUUGAGACUAUGUCCAGAAUGUUCCCACAAGCUAAACUUCCAUCACCGGAGGAAAGAAGUCAAAACGUGCAAGAAAAGAGGCACACCUGCACAGAAGUCUAAGGAGCCAAAAAAUAAGAAGACAAAAUUGUCUCGUUCAGCAAAAAAGUCCAAGAAAAAGACCUGUAAAGAUCAGGUUUCUUCAGACGAUUCAGAUAAUUCUGAUAAAGAUUCAGAUGACAGCAGUGCUGAAGAUGGUCCUUCAGAAGCUGACUCUUGGAAAGGUCCUCUACGAGAAGGAGAUGAAAAAUCACGGGAAGAGGAGUUUCAGGAAUAUUUUCAAGAUUUAUUUCUCUAAAACUUGGAAUCGAUGUAGGCUGAUUUUCUUCAUGAGUUGUCAAGAUGGAACUCUGGAAAUCCAGUCAUAAUUUUCCAGAGACCCCUGUCUGCCAGCAUACCUUUUCUACAGUCACUCAUAUGGACCAUUUGGGUGGAUUUUCUUUGCAGAAGGCUUCAAAUCUAAAAACUUUGUUUCUUGUAGUAGGCUGCAUACUCUUGAAACAAGAGAAAUAAUUUUUCAGUUCAUUGCAAAAUAUAUAUGGCACCCAAACUUAAACAAGAAUAUAGUUUAUUAACAUUACAAUGAAGUUCACUGCUUUUAUUUGAUCCCAAGCUUCAGUUAUUGCCAGAUUUUUGUAAAGGACCAUUUUGUAAGGUUGUGUGAGUAAUUUAAAGCCAUACACUUUAAUAUAUUUAUAUUUUUAAUUUAUUUAACAAGAAUGAAUAGCCUUAAAUUUAUUGGUUACUUAGCCUUUAAUGUUUUACGGAAAUCAUUAAUUUCUGUAAAUAUUUUCAAAUGCUAUUGGUGAAACUCAAAUUUUGUCAAAUAUGUGUUCUACUUGAAUUAAGUAAACCAUAUCUGAAAUCUUUCCUACUGCUUCAAAAAGUUCACUUUAUUGUGACUUUCUUUUAAAUUUUAGUUGUAAAGUGAUGUGUCUUACAAUUCCACCUAUAAAAAUAUGGUUGGUUGGUGAUAUUUUUGGUGUAAAAAAUAACGUGGCAUUCUGCUGGAGAUGUACGUGACUUCUGUGUUACCUGUGGCUUCUGAUCUCCUUCCCAUUGACUGAAUGUUAAUCCUUCUUUCACGUGUAAUCCUAAAUAUACAAAUAAAGCAUGUAUAUUGCUUGA